AUGAAGGAAGAAUGGGACUCUCCUACUUUGGCUCAUCCUAAGUUUGGGUUGAUCCUGGCUUCAUGUUCUUAUGAUGGAAAUAUAAUAAUCUGGAAGGAAGGUAAUCAGACUGAGUGGUCACAAGCUCAUGUCUUUGAUGAUCACAGAUCAUCUGUUAAUUCAAUCUCAUGGAUCACUUUGCCAUCAGGGGAUAAGCUUUACACAGGCAGUAAAGACGAGCAUGUCAGAAUUUGGGAUUAUGCAUCGGGACAGUUGCGUAUCCCCUGUUACAAGAUUGGAGUUCCUACUCAUUCCUCCAAGAUUAUUAAAAUGGGGUUGCUGCAAGAUUCGAGGCUCAUAGAAGCUACUUCAGAGCUCAGGAUUUUAGCCAAGGACUUGGAUAAUCAAAUCAUAAUAGCGAGUUGUGGAGCUAUCGGCCCUUUGGUUAACCUCCUUCGUAGUUCAGACAUGAAUACUCAAGAAAACGCGGUUACUGCUGUUCUGAACUUGUCUAUCAGUAACAACAAUAAGGUUAACAUUAUAAAAGCUGAGUCAAUUGAGCCUCUGAUCCAUGUCCUUCAGACAGGGACUCCUGAUGCCCGAGAAAAUGCUGCUGCAACUCUGUAUAGUUAUUUAUAA